CUGUUGGAUACUGUUGUUGGGCUUCCUGGAUGCUAUUGGUUCGUGUUCUUUUCAGUCAGCGGGCCCGUCUCCAACCUUCGUUCCCAGUGUGCCCUGCGCGCCGCGGCCUUGUUCGCGCCUUUGGCCCUUUGAGGAGCUCUCGCUGCCGCCAUGUCCGAUUAUCCCGGUGCCCAAACCGGGAACCGCAAGGACGCUUUUGCUGAUGCCGUACAGAGGGCCCGGCAGAUUGCUGCAAAAAUCGGCGGCGAGGCCACCGGCGGAGUCAACAACACCCAGGAAUUUAACUUUGGCGGGCAGAAGAGGCAGCUGGAGGAUGGAGAUCAGCCGGAGUGCAAGAAAUUAGCCACCCAAAGCGAACCGAUUGCACCUCCAUUAACUCCUGUGCACCCCCCACGGUCGGCUUCGCUGACGGAGGAAUACCGCGUGCCGGACGGGAUGGUUGGGCUCAUCAUUGGCCGUGGAGGAGAACAAAUUAAUAAAAUCCAGCAGGAGUCCGGCUGCAAAGUACAGAUCUCCCCCGACAGCGGAGGGAUGCCGGAGCGCGUGGUGUCCCUGACGGGCUCUCCUGAAGCCGUGCAGCAGGCGAAGAUGAUGCUCGACGAAAUAGUUGCACGCGGUCGAGGGGGACCCCCUGGCCAGUUCCACGAUAACGCCAACGGGCAGAACGGAUCCUUGCAGGAGAUCAUGAUCCCGGCCGGCAAAGCGGGACUGAUUAUUGGCAAGGGCGGUGAAACGAUCAAACAGUUGCAGGAACGCGCCGGAGUGAAAAUGAUCCUGAUCCAGGACGGGUCCCAAAAUACCAACGUGGACAAGCCUCUGCGCAUCGUGGGGGAGCCUUUCAAAGUACAGCAAGCCUGUGAAAUGGUGAUGGACCUCCUGAGGGAGAGGGAUCAGGGGAGUUUCGGUGACCGGAAUGAAUACGGCUCGCGAGGAGGCAGCGGCGGAGGAGGGGGAGGAAUAGAUGUCCCGGUCCCUCGGCAUUCUGUGGGGGUGGUGAUCGGACGCAACGGGGAGAUGAUCAAAAAGAUACAGAACGACGCCGGUGUCCGGAUACAGUUCAAACAAGAUGAUGGGACAGGUCCUGACAAGAUUGCUCACAUCAUGGGCCCACCGGACAGAUGCGAUCAUGCAGCCAGAAUCAUUGGUGACCUCCUGCAGAGUCUGAGAAGCGGCCCUCCUGGACCUCCGGGGCCCGGCAUGCCUCCUGGGGGCAGAGGAAGAGGCCGAGGACAGGGACCGUGGGGUCCCCCGGGCGGUGAGAUGACCUUCACGAUCCCGACUCACAAGUGCGGUCUGGUGAUCGGCAGAGGUGGUGAGAACGUGAAGGCCAUAAACCAGCAGACCGGAGCCUUUGUGGAAAUCUCCCGACAACCCCCACCUAAUGGUGACCCCAACUUCAAAAUGUUCAUUAUCAGGGGCAACCCGCAGCAAAUAGACCACGCCAAGCAGCUGAUUGAGGAGAAGAUAGAGGGUCCUCUAUGUCCGCUGGGGCCUGGUGUUCCCGGCCCUGGUUCUGCUGGUCCAAUGGGACCUUUCAACCCAGGGCCCUACCCAAGCGGCCCCCCUGGAGCCCCUCCUCAUCCAGGACCCCCUCCUCCUCCACCUCCACACCAGUACCCCCCUCAAGGGUGGGGCAGCACGUACCCCCAGUGGGGGCAACCUCCAGCUCCUCACGACCCCACAAAGCCCCCGGCCCCCACAGAUCCCAGCGCUGCUUGGGCUGCCUACUAUUCACACUACUACCAGCAGCCCCCCGCACCUGUCCCCGGGCAGCCCCCUGCCGUUCCUGUACCCCCACCACAAGGAGACCCUCCCCAGCAGCCCCCGCCAGCCAGCCAGCCAGACUACACGAAAGCCUGGGAGGAAUACUAUAAAAAGAUGGGUCAGCAGACUCCGCAGCCAGCCGGGCAGCCGGAUUAUACAAAGGCUUGGGAGGAAUAUUAUAAGAAACAAGCUCAAGCCCAAGUAGCGACUCCAGGAGCCCCCGCAGCAGCGGCAACUGCCGCCGCACCCCCGGCAGCACAGCCAGACUACAGCGCGGCGUGGGCAGAGUAUUACAGGCAACAGGCGGCGUACUACGGACAGGCGCCCGGCGCCCCCCCGACACAGCCCCCUCCGGCACAGCCAGGUCCACAGGCCCAGUGAAUGUCGCCCCCUCCCCCACCGUUGCCAGUCUGUUGAAGAGCGAGCCCUCCGCUGCUGCUAACCUCUCAGUGGGGCUGGAGCUGUUUAUGAAGAGUCGUCUAGUCUUUUUUUUUUCUGUUUUUUAUUUUGUUUUUAUUUUUUACGUUUUUAGGACCUCCCCGUGUCCCUCGCCCUUUCCCGGUCGAACAGAAACAAACAUCAAAUGAAGUACGAAUCAAGGCCGCAGGUGUAGGAAUUUAGGACUAAUCUGAAUGUUCCCCUCGCCCGCCUUCCUACCCCCCACUUAUUGUUUCUUAAGAAGAAAAAAAAAAAACACGGUUUUAUUCACUGAAACCUCCCGUGAUAAAUUAAAUUGACGGUUUAUUUUAAUUUUUUUAUUUUAUUAAAUAAGAUUAUUCCUCCCCCCCCCCCGUGCUUUUAGUUUGUUGAACAUUCCCUGGUGAACCCCAUGCUGCCUUCUGGUCCCUCACCUGCGCGGCUGGGGGCUUGUGAAGUCUGCUGGUCCCUCCAGGGGCUGGGCCGAGGUCGUGAUGUGUUUUUUGUCUGUUCAGAGACAUGAAAACUGUAUGCUGAGUUUUUACUUUUUAUUGCCUGUUUUUAACUUCACAAUAAACUAUGAAAAACCUC